AUAAAAGAACCAAAAAUGCAUUUUACAAAUUGUACACUUUUUGUAAGUUUUUUAUAUAUUUAUCUAAUAUUAUGUUACACCGAUUGUGCCGAUGGUAUUGAACCAAUUUCCACCGCCGCAGUAGUUUUGGGCGUGGGAGCUGGCUAUGGCUUGCUUAAAGAUCAAACCUACUGCCGGUUCUACGAGUGCUGUGAUGAACGAAGCAUUCCGGGUCUUACGCGGUCUCUUCAGUAUAAUCUAGAGACACAAGUUUACGGCCAGCAUAUAGUCAAUAAGCACAUUGUACAGGCAAUAUCCGCCCAUUUCAAUAAUCUAGGUACUUCGCGCAAACCACUUGUUAUUAGCUUUCAGGGCCAGCCCGGAACCGGUAAAAAUUUUGUGGCCGACCACAUAGCCAAAGCGUUGUAUACAAGAGGCUCGGAGAGUAAAUUUGUUCACAAGUUUCUGGGUCGAGCUGAUUUCCCUGAAGCCAUACGUGUUGAUACGUAUAAACAGCAUAUCAGUGAUGUCGUUCGUAAUUCCCUAAAAGCCUGUCCGCGGUCCUUGUUCAUCUUUGACGAGGUGGACAAAAUGCCUAGCGGUAUUUUCGAAACGCUUGCAUCAUUGGUUGAUUAUAACGCAUUUAAUGAUGGAACGGACCACAAAAAGGCCAUCUUCAUUUUCUUAUCCAAUACUGCGGGCGUUCAUGUUUCAGAUCAUCUGGGCACUUUAAUGAAAGGAGGUAAACUGCGCGAGGAGACACUUUUAAGCGACUUUGAACCGUUGCUGCAGAAGGCCGCAUAUAAUGUAGAAGGCGGUUUGCAAAAAACCAGCUUAAUAGAGUCGCAUGUCAUUGAUCAUUAUAUGCCAUUUCUUCCAUUGGAGAAAUCGCAUGUAAUCAAGUGCCUAGAGGCUGAGUUUCGGCGUUGGGGCAAAUCACCAGAUAAGGCCAUUAUCGAUGAAAUCAUUGGCACGUCGAUCGUCUAUGAUCGAAGGCAUGGCAUGUUUUCCGUUGCAGGCUGUAAGACGCUCGAGAAGAAGGUGGCUAUGGCGAUUAAUUAAUUAAUGCAUUGGUUUAAGCUUAACAUGGCCUCUGUUUGGUGUAUUAUAAAUAUUUUAUAUUGCUUAAAAAAAAAAAAAAAAACAA